AUGAGCCAAAGGAAGACAGGCUUGAAGGUGCCUUUCACAGGAAAAUCUGUACAGUCUAGGGCCGAAGGCAACACUUCCGCGGUGUUUGAGUUCAUCCUGGUGGGACUGACAGAUGACCCAGACCUUCAAGUCAUCCUGUUUGCUGUAUUUCUCGUAAUCUACUUAGUUAGUGUCUUUGGAAAUCUAGGACUGAUUGCAUUAAUCCAAGUCAGUCCUCAGCUUCACACCCCCAUGUACUUUUUCCUCAGCCACUUGGCUUUCGUUGAUUUCUGUUAUACAUCCUCAGUUACCCCAAACACAUUUGUAAAUUUUCUUCGAGAAGUCAGAAGUAUAACCUUCUAUGCAUGUGCCACCCAGGUGUGCUGUUUCAUCACGUUUGUUGUUUGUGAGAUGUACUUGCUGUCAAUCAUGGCCUAUGAUCGGUACGUGGCCAUCUGGAAUCCUCUCUAUGCAGUCCUCAUGGCGAGGAAGCUCUGUCUCCAGAUGAUCGCCAGCACCUACAUCUAUGGAUUCACUGUUGGGCUUGCACAGGCAGUGGCAACCUUCCGCUUGUCUUUCUGUGGCUCCAAUGUGAUCAACCACUUCUACUGUGAUGAUGUUCCCUUGGUUGCUCUGGCCUGUUCUGACACUCAUGUCAAGGAGCUGAUGUUGCUAGUCAUUGCUGGCUUCAACACCUUUUGCUCUCUUUUGAUUGUGGUCGUUUCUUAUGUCCUCAUCGUCUUUGCCAUCCUGAGGAUUCGUUCUGCUGAUGGAAGAAGGAAAGCCUUUUCUACCUGUGUGUCCCACCUGACCUCGAUCACCAUAUUUUACGGGACAAUAAUUUUUAUGUACCUGCAGCCCAAGUCAACUCACUCUCUGAACACAGAUAAAUUUGCUUCUGUGUUUUAUGUGGUAGUUAUUCCUAUGUUAAACCCACUAAUAUACAGCUUGAUGAAUCAGGAAGUCAAAAGUGCCUUGCAGAGAAUUACUGAUAAAUUGACUUUGCCCACCCAUUAA